UGCUGUUUUACGCAGUCUUUUUGGAUUUAACACGGGAGAAGCAUCACUCUGCCCGGGAUACUACAAGCCAUUUUCACACAGACCCUUACCCAGGAGAGACAACACAGCUGGAGCCAUGUGUGGGAUCUUUGCCUACCUAAAUUACCAAGUGCCUCGCACCAGAAAGGAGAUAUUUGAGACGCUAGUGAAGGGGCUGCAGAGACUGGAGUACAGAGGGUACGAUUCAGCAGGCAUUGCAGUGGACGGCCCAAACAAGACAGGCACCGACAUCAAUAACAACACCAUCUGUCUGAUCAAGAAGAAGGGGAAGGUCAAGGCUCUGGAUGAGGAGCUCUACAAAAAAGACUUGCUGGAUCUGGAUGAGGAACUGUCAACACACUUUGGCCUCGCUCACACACGCUGGGCCACACAUGGAGAACCGAGUGCUCUCAACAGCCACCCCCAUCGCUCAGACAAGGAUAAUGAGUUUGUUGUCAUCCACAAUGGCAUCAUCACCAAUUACAAAGAGUUGAAAAAGUACCUGAACACCAAAGGCUAUGAGUUUGAGUCGGAGACGGACACAGAAGUGAUUCCUAAACUGAUCAAAUAUGUUUAUGACAACCGGGAGAGUGACAACAUCUCCUUCUCUACAUUGGUAGAGAGGGUCAUUCAGCAGCUGGAGGGGGCCUUUGCUCUGGUGUUUAAAAGCCGUCAUUUCCCAGGAGAAGCAGUGGCCACCAGGAGAGGAAGUCCGUUGCUCAUUGGCGUGCGAAGCAAGUACGAGCUGUCAACCGAACACAUCCCCAUCCAGUACAACAGUGCUCCAAACUACUCAGUCCUGUGGGACAACCCACACACCUCAAAUGGGACAGAGGCCCUGGGGGUAUCAGCACCCAGAGCUCUCUUCAAGGAAGAAGUUCAGGAGAGGAACAGCCAUAACCGGCCGGAUUGCACUAACACUCUCAACUUUGUGGGGGAUGGAAAGGCCGUGGAGUAUUAUUUUGCCUCUGAUGCCAGUGCCAUCAUCGAGCACACGAACAAGGUGUUGUACAUGGAGGACGAUGACAUAGCGGUGGUGGCCGGGGGGAAACUGUCCAUACACAGGAUGAACCGGCAGGCCGGCGAGGACCCCGUCAGAGCCAUCCAGACUCUGCAGAUGGAGCUGCAACAGAUCAUGAAAGGUAACUUUGAGUCCUUCAUGCAGAAGGAGAUCUUCGAGCAGCCUGAGUCAGUGGUUAACACCAUGAGAGGCCGCAUCUGUUUUGACACCAACACAGUGGUUCUCGGGGGAUUAAAGGACCACCUGAAGGAGAUCAAACGUUGCAGACGCCUCAUCAUGAUCGGCUGCGGCACGAGUUUCCACGCCGCUGUCGCUACCAGACAGAUCCUGGAGGAGCUGACAGAGCUGCCCGUCAUGGUGGAACUGGCCAGUGACUUCCUUGACCGCAACACACCCGUCUUCAGAGAUGACGUUUGCUUCUUCAUCAGCCAAUCGGGUGAGACAGCAGACACCUUGAUGGCACUGCGCUAUUGCAAGGAGCGCGGGGCUCUGACAGUCGGUAUAACCAACACAGUGGGCAGCUCUAUUUCCAGAGAAACAGACUGCGGAGUUCACAUCAAUGCUGGGCCUGAGAUAGGAGUGGCUAGCACCAAGGCCUACACCAGUCAGUUUGUGGCUCUCAUCAUGUUUGGCCUGAUGAUGAGCGAGGACAGGAUCUCUCUCCAGAAGAGAAGACUGGAUAUCAUCGCCAGCCUCAAGGUGCUGCCUGAACUGAUAAAGAAGGUGUUGUCCCUGGAUGAGAACAUCAAGGACAUAGCAGAUGAGCUCUAUCAGCAAAGGUCUCUUCUGGUCAUGGGCCGAGGUUUCAACUACGCCACCUGCCUAGAGGGGGCGCUGAAAAUCAAGGAGAUCACGUACAUGCAUUCAGAGGGCAUCCUGGCAGGGGAGCUGAAGCACGGCCCCCUGGCCCUCAUAGACAAAGACAUGCCAGUCAUCAUGAUCAUCAUGAGAGACGCCUGCUACAAGAAGUGCCAGAACGCUCUGCAGCAAGUCACAGCCCGAUCGGGUCGGCCCAUCAUCCUGUGCUGCCAGAACGACGCUGACAUAACUAAGAAUGCCUACAAGACGAUCGAGCUGCCCCAGAUAGUGGACUGUCUGCAGGGCAUCCUCAGUGUCAUCCCCCUGCAGCUCUUGUCGCUCCACCUGGCUGUGCUGCGAGGAUAUGACGUGGACUGUCCCAGAAACUUGGCCAAGUCGGUGACUGUGGAAUAAUUACAGCUCACCAAGCACAGGAGACAAUGGAGGAGGACCAUAGAUUUAAAGUGCAAUUGAGUGUGUUUGUGUGGGUGCGGAUCUUUUGGUGCGUGUGUGUGUGUAUGUGUGUGUGUGUGUGUGAAGGAGUGACAGACAAAAGAGGGAGGUAUGCUUUUUUAUCACAGAGAAAUGUGAAAUCCAACCGAUACACUGUUGAGGAAGUGCCAGUGCCCUUGAAGCAUCGCAGAACGAUCUAUGAAAUUGACCACCACACAUCCAAAGCAAUACAGCUGUGCCUUUUCACUAACGUUGAGUUGAGCCAACAUGUGCACAAGAAGUUGAGUACUAAUGCAUUAAAAUGGUAUAUUGAAGUGUUUACAGUUGUGCAAUAUGGGGACCAAAUGCACAUCAUGAAUGUACGCAAACCUGAGCGACGUGAUUCAUUCUCUUCCUGAUUUUUAAAUUCUACAUGUCCAUUAGGGACCCCUUACCUCUCUUUUGCAUCAUGGGAAAUGUAGGAAUUACAUACAUGUUUUUUUUUUUUUUGCAUUCCAAAGAGUUUUCUGCUUUUAUAUUUUGUUGCACACACACUAGCAAUCACUGUGCCUCAUUGGGCCAUUGACUGACAAAUCCAGCAUUAGUUUUUACCAGAUGGAGCUUACUUUACUCUCCAGACUGAUCAGUCAGUGCCCUUAAUAACAUAUAACUGUUUCUGUGUUCAUACUGAAUGGAGCCGCUAUCACAUUAUUACCUGAUAUAUAUACUGCUCUGGGUUUUAUUAUUGCUAUUUCAUUUUAAUUUAAAACAUGUUUAUUGACUACAGGAACUUGGGUAAAAAAAAAAAAAAAAAAGUGAAUUCAUGUUGGGGCAUGAAUCUUUAGUCUCAUACACUGAGGAUGCAUUUUUUCACUUCAGAUUCUGCAUUCCUUAGGCUGAUGUUAUGGUACGGUGUGCGUCUUCACGGACACACAGUAGAUAAAAUGACAAGUAUUUAAAGAACAGCAUCCACACGGUGAUGAGAAGAAAAAAAAAGUGUACCAUGAACUUUAAUAAUAAUAGUUGUGUUGUCAGCCUUUUGUAUAGGGUUUAUCAUAAUGAUAAUAUUCUGAAUAUUUAUCUGAUUGUUAUUUGGGAGCUGACAAAAGUGGGACUGAUUUACACCUGUAACCAUGAUUGUAUUUUGUACUGUAUGUUUAUAGCAAACAGGCACUAUCAAUCAAUAAAAAGAUGAAGUAUUCU